CUUGAAACUUGAACAUAUACCGUAGGCAGCUAUCGACGGGGUUGACUGUGUUCUAACUAAAAAACCUCAUAUAUGUGCCCUCGGAGUUUAUUAUGGUGACUUGACGUAUUGUCUCAACCGUAUGGGAUGGGUGCUGGCUCUAGCUUCUCGUCGAUGCUUGCUAGGCUCUAUAUAUUGCGUGGUACAGCAUAUGUUCGGUCAUGAUCAAAAGAGAACACCCCACCGGGCAGCUUAUGCCUCGGAAGAUGCCCUCACUUGCUAUCGUAUAGAUGUGAUACACGCCGACCCUCACCUCUACAUAAUCAAAAUUGUCGGAGUACGUUAUUAUCCUUCAGUUGUGGCGCCUGUAGCACCAAUCAACCAAAAGGAAAUGCCGUGGGAGUCGAAAGACCUUUCAUGAUUGUGGGACGUUAUAAGCUGCGAGAUGCAUUGUGCUGUGCCAUCGGUACGAUACCCGUUGUUCCAGAGCGCAAAAUCGGAUCGCCGUUAGGGACCUUCAGGAUUG